ACGGUCACUCUGGUGCUUUGUAUAAGAAAUUCUUUUCAAAGCAGCAAGCUGAAGAAUUUAUCGAGAUAAUCGAUCCACAUAGUAUCUUAAACGUGUGGACUGACAGAUGUUGUAAUAAUUUUAAAACAAUUAACAGGCAAAAAUCAUAUUUAGGUUCUUUGAAUUCAACAGCCGGAAUUGGUGUAUUUUUCGCCGAUGAUGACCUACACAAUUUAUCGGAAUGUUUGCCCAGUUCGCAACAAACAAAUAAUCGUGCCGAGUUGUACAUGGUGAUUUGUGCUCUGGAAGUAACAGUGUCUUAUCUCGAUUUGCUUAUCAAUACCGAUAGUACAUACGUGAUUCAAUCCUAUGCCAUGUACUUACCCAAGGCUAAUUGUGAUCUAACAGAUCGUCUUGCCUAUCUUGGUUCGCAAAAACUGUAUGUGCAAUCCACCCCAAUAUAUAUUUCAAAGAAAACUAUUGAUAUCUAUUUUUUUGAAGCAGAGAAAAAAUCUGAUAAUUCCGUGAGUGUAACUGAUUUAUAUAUCGAAGAGUUUAUUCAUCUUCUUCAAAUAUUAGA